AUGGGCGUCCUGAUCAAGGGGCUGCGCGGGCCCUCGGGCGAGUUCGGCGCCCUGGGUGUGGUGGAGGUCAACAGCAGCGCCGUGGACGUCUUCCGCUUUGUCGCCGACGUGGAGCAGCAGCCCACAUGGCACCAUGGCGUGAAGCAUUCCAAGGUCAUCGGGCGCAACGGCAACCAAAAGGACGUCCACCAGGUCUUAAGCUGGAACUUUCUCGCCCUGCGCGGCGACAUGCAUUUGCAGCUGGCGCAGCUUGAGGACCCGAAGGCCCUGACCAUAAAGACGGAGCUCACCAAAGGCACCAUGAUGCGGAACUUUAGGUCGAGGGUGGGCGUGCGCCAGAAGGCGCCUGGCAAGUGCGAGCUUGAGAUGGAGAUGUUUGUACAGCCGAACAUUUUCGUGCCCUUCGGCAUCCGCGGCAUGGUCGGCGGCCAGGUCCGUCGUCAGCUGCGAGGCGUGCUGUCGGCGCUGCAGGAGAAGUGCGAGCGGCGGUCGGAGGAGCAGCAGCAGCAGCAGCCGCCCUGGCAGCCGCAGUGGCAGCCGCACUGGCAGCCGCAGUGGCAGCAGCUCAACCCGCUGUUCUCGUGGCUUAAUCCACUGGUUGCGGCGGCGUCAUAG